AAGAGGAGCGGCACCGAGCGCCGGGGUCCCUGCCAGGGGGACGUCGGCGACCCGCAGCUAGCAGACGAUGCCCUUCCUGCAGGCGCGCGGGGACGUCGGCGCUCCUGCUUCAGCUCCUGUAGUCGUGCUCCAACGCCUUGCUCGUCCUCGGGAUCCCCACGCCUGAGUCCAGGUCGUCCUCAGCUUGUCUCGUCUUUUGCCUGGCCUCCCCACCCCGGGAAUUCUUCGUUUGGUACACGCCCAAGGCCGACGACCCAAGCUCCUUGGGGAACCUGUACCUCAUUUUUUACAACGUGUUCCUCACUCUGGGGUGGUUGAUCGUCUUGAUUCAGACCGUCCACCAUCUAGUUCACGAGCAAGGCAAUAUUACUGGACUAUGGGAAAACACCAGUUCCGUGCUCCUGAUUUUCCAAACGCUGGCGGUCUUAGAGAUCAUGCACUCGGCUGUCGGUCUUGUGUCCUCCAGCGUAAUGAUGGUCCUACCACAGGUGUUCUCUCGUUUGAUGGUGACUUGGGCCAUCCUCUACUCUUUUGAAGACUCACGCACCAGCAUAGGAUUUCCAAUGCUUUUGAUUGCCUGGAGUGUGACCGAAGUGAUUCGCUAUUCUUUCUACUUUUUGAACAUCCUCAAACAAGUGCCCUUCCUUCUCACCUUCCUCAGGUACACCCUUUUCAUUGGCCUCUACCCACUUGGUGUAACUGGCGAGAUCCUCUGUGUAUAUGCAGCACUGCCAGCAGCAGCAGAGAAAAAGAUUUACUCUGUUAGCAUGCCAAAUGCUCUCAACUUUGCCUUUGACUUCUAUUAUGGACUCAUUGUCUUUGUUCUUCUUUAUUUCCCAGUGUUCCCAUCAUUAUACAUGCAUAUGUUCGCUCAGAGACGCAAGGUUCUCGGCGGUGGACACAAGAAGAAGGAAUAGAAGAAGUUUGAUGCUGUAUAGUAUUCCAUAGUUUUAAUGAUUCCCCUUUUUUCUCUCACAUUUCGACCAAUAUUAAUUUUUUUCUCACUGAAUAUGGGUUUUCAUAGGCAAAUGAUAUUUUUUUAUACAUGUAGUGAAGAGCCUGAAAAAAAGAAAAAAAAAAUGACUUUCUAUUUGUUACUUUGACAAACAUUUGAUGCUCAAAACAAGAAGAAAAGGUCACAAGCUGAUAACAUGUACACACAAACUACUCUCUAAUAUAGUAUUAGUUAAAUCCUAAGGGAACAAAAGCCAC